CAUGAAAUAAAUCACGAAAAUAACAAGUCAAAGUCUUCUCUCUGGCAUCUGUAACACCCAGCUGUGAUAAGCUAACAAGUCAUCUCCUGCCACAGAAAUCCACUCCUAGAUCAGGUAUGGUGCUUUCAUGCACGCUCUGAAUAUAUCAAUGACUUUACUUACUUCGGAUUAUCAAGGGACCUUUCGCCUGAGAAUAAGAGGGUUAACACCAAAAAAAUAUUCAAUUCCAUUGCAAGGUUGCCUUUGAGUUCAUGGCAGAUAUUGUUAUCACAACUGUUGCUAAAGUUUCUGAAUAUAUUAUUGGACCGGUAAUACGCGAAGGAAAAUACUUUCUUUGUGUCGGUAAAAUUAUCAAAGAUAUUGAAAAUGAAAUAAAUGAGUUGAUAUUUGAAAGGGAUAACUUGUUGGAUCGAGUUGAACAAGCCAAGCAAAGAACUGAAAUUAUCGAGAAACCUGUGGAAAAGUGGCUACAUGAUGUGCAGAGCCUACUAGAAGAGGUGGAAGAAUUAGAACAAAGGAUGAGAGCAAACACCAGUUGCUUUCGAGGAGAAUUUCCAGCAUGGAGAAGAUAUCGUAUCAGACGGAAAAUGGUAAAGAAGGGAGAGGCAUUGGGAAAAUUAAGAUGCAAAAGUGAUAUUCAACCAUUUUCUCAUUAUGCUCCUCUUCCAGGCAUUCAAUACCAGUCGUCCGAGAAUUUUACUUACUUCCAAUCAACAAAAGCGGCUUACAAUCAGCUCUUGGAGUUACUAAAUGAUGAUUGCAUCUAUAUGAUAGGUGUGUAUGGAAUGGGUGGAUGUGGGAAAACAACACUUGUAACCGAAGUCGGUAAGAAGGCUCAGGAAUCAAAUAUGUUCGAUAAGGUAAUAUCUAUCACAGUGUCUCAAACUCAAAAUAUUAGAGACAUUCAAGGAAAAAUGGCAGACAUGUUAAACUUGAAACUCAAGGAAGAAAGCGAAGAGGGAAGAGCACAACGGUUGUGGUUGAGUUUGAAAGAAAAUAAACGAAUUCUUGUUAUAAUUGAUGAUUUAUGGAAAGAGUUUAAUUUGAUGAAUAUAGGGAUUCACAUAGACAAUGUUAACAAGGGCGCAUGGAAAAUCCUUGUAACCACUCGUAAUCAGCAAGUAUGCACUUUAAUGGACUGUCAAAAGAAUAUUCACCUGGCGCUCUUAUCUAAAGAUGAAUCCUGGACUUUGUUCCAAAAGCAUGCAAAGAUUACUGACAAGUUUUCCAAGUCAAUGGAUGGUGUGCCACGAGAACUCUGCGAUAAAUGUAAGGGACUGCCCCUAGCUAUUGUAACUAUGGCGUCUUGCUUAAAAGGAAAGCAUAAAAGUGAGUGGGAUGUUGCACUACAUAAGAUGAGGAAUUCAUCAGCAUUUGAUGAUCACGAUGAAGGAGUGAGAAAUGCUUUGAGUUGUCUUGAACUAAGCUAUAAAUAUUUACAAAACAAGGAAGCAGAGUUGCUCUUUUUGUUGUGUUCUAUGUUUCCAGAAGAUUGCAACAUAUCAAUCGAUGAUUUAAUCCUAUAUGCAAUAGGACUAGGUGUGGGAGGAAGAUCUCCACUGAAGUUAUCAAGGAGUUUGGUUCAAGUCGGCAUAAACAAGCUUUUAGAAUCAUGUUUGCUGAUGCCGGCUAAAGACAUGCAAUGCGUGAAGAUGCAUGACUUGGUUCGUGAAGUGGCCAUAUGGAUAGCAAAGAGGUCAGGGAAUCAAAAAAUUUUGCUAAAUGUUGACAAACCUCUCAACACCUUGGCAGGGGACGAUAGUAUGCAAAAUUAUUUUGCGGUAUCAUCAUGGUGGCACAAUGAAAUUCCAAUUAUUGGUUCAUUGCAGGCUGCAAACCUUGAAAUGUUGUUGCUACACAUAAAUACCAGUAUAUCACAAAGUUCCUUUGUUUUAUCAAAUUUAACAUUUGAAGGAAUAGAAGGGCUCAAGGUAUUUUCUCUAACCAAUGAUUCCAAUAGUGAAGUACUAUUCUCAUUGCCUCCAUCAAUCCAAAUGUUGACAAAUGUUCGAACUCUGCGCUUGAAUGGGUUGAAGUUGGGUAACAUUUCUUUUAUAGCAAGCUUAACAAGGCUCGAGGUUCUUGACUUGCGACAUUGUGACUUCAAUGAACUUCCAUGCGAAAUAGGUAGCCUCACAAGACUGAAGCUACUAGAUUUGUCAAGAUGUCAUUUUUAUCAACAAACCUAUAAUGGUGCAGUUGGGAGAUGUUCACAACUAGAAGCAUUAUACGUUUUGCCACGCAACACUGUACAAUUUGUUCUUGAGAUCAUUCCUGAGAUCGUUGUAGAUAUUGGUUGUCUCUCAAAGUUGCAGUGUUUUUCAAUUCAUGAUUCUUUGGUUCUACCUUAUUUUAGUAAAAGGACAAGAUCUCUAGGAUUAAGGGAUUUUAAUAUUUCCACAUUAAGGGAAUCCAAAGGGAAUAUUCUACAAAUAUCUGAAAAUGUUGCUUUUACACGCCUCCAUGGAGGAUGUAAAAAUAUCAUCCCAGACAUGGUUGAAGUUGUGGGAGGCAUGAAUGAUUUAACUUCUCUAUGGCUUGAUGAAUGCCCAGAGAUAGAAUGCAUCUUUGAUAUAACCUCUAAUGGCAAGAUAGAUGAUUUGAUUCCCAAGUUUGUCGAGUUACGCCUUCGGUUUAUGGAUAACUUGACAGUGUUGUGUCAAGGUCCAAUUCUUCAAGUGCAAUGCUUCUUUGAUAAACUAGAAGAACUUGUAAUUUAUCAUUGCAAGAAUUUACGCAUCACAUUUCCACGGGAAUGUAACUUGCAGAAUCUCAAGAUCCUCAGUUUAGAGUAUUGCAAGUCUGGUGAAGUACUCUUUCCGAAAUCUGUUGCUCAAAGUCUGCAACAAUUAGAACAACUGAAAAUACGUAAUUGCCAUGAAUUGAAGCUUAUAAUUGCUGCAGGUGGAAGAGAGCAUGGUUGUUGUAAUCCAACAAGUACUCAUUUUCUCAUGUCUAGUCUAAGGGAAGUUACGAUUCUGGAUUGUCCGAUGUUAGAGUCGAUAUUCCCCAUCUGCUAUGUCGAAGGACUUGCAGAGCUGAAACGGAUACAUAUAGCAAAAGGUCAUGAGCUGAAAUAUAUAUUUGGUGAAUGUGAUCAUGAACAUCAUUCAUCUCACCAAUACCUGAACCACACCAUGCUUUCUCAACUGGAAGUUCUCAAACUCAGUUCUCUUGACAAUCUCAUUGGGAUGUGUCCUGAAUACUGUCAUGCGAAGUGGCCAUCUCACUCUUUGAGGGAUCUUGUUGUGGAGGAUUGUCCCAAAUUGGAUAUGUCGUGGAUCGCUCUUAUGAUUCGUUCUGGUCAUAGUCAGCAUCGUUUAAAUGAAAACUUGCCCUUAAAACUGGAGUUGUAUUUACAUGUUUUGCCUCAGUUGAAAUCCAUAUCAUGGCAGGAUCCUACAGCUCCAAGACAGAUAUGGAGUCUCCAAUGUCUCCAGUAUUUAAAAGUAGGUGAUUGUGAAAAUUUGAAAUCUUUGUUCUCCAUGAAGGAAUCUAGAAGUCUACCAGAGUUGAUGUCCAUUUCUAUUUACAACUCCCAAGAAUUGGAACACAUUGUUGCAGAAAAUGAAGAACUUGUGCAGCAACCUAAUGCUGAAGUCUAUUUCCCAAAGCUAGCACAUGUAGAAGUCAAAAGAUGCAACAAGUUGAAAAGCCUUUUCCCUGUUGCUAUGGUUAAAAUGCUUCCGCAAUUAAGCACUCUUCACAUUUUCGACGCUACUCAAUUUGAAGAGGUUUUUAGAAAUGGCGGUGGAGACAGAACUGUAAAUGAAAUGGAAGUUGUUCUUAUUCUUCCAAACUUGACAGAGAUAACGCUCAACUUUUUACCGAGUUUUGUUCAUAUCUGCCAGGGUUGUAAGUUACAGGCUGUGAAACUUCAACAAAUCAACAUAUAUGAAUGCCCCAAAAUUGCUCCAAGUGUGAAAGAAAUUCAGGUAAGGAGAAGAUCCAUCAAUGCACAAUGAUGGAAUUCUUGAUACAAAGUUUUUCGGGAAAAUUGGAAAUGAUGUAUAAAACCAGACAAUAUCAAUGAGGAUGUUCACUGUCAUUGUUCUAAACUCCCAACUUUGUGAAAUCAAGUUGUUUAAGGUAAUCUAAUAUAAUCAACUUUCUCAUAUGUUAAUGCAAAAUUGUGCAAGUCUGAAUUCUACUAAUAUAAUCAGUAGAAACUAGAAACAGUUGGUGAGUAUGUCAGAUAACAGAAGAAGCAAUAAGGCAAAUUUUAUUUGAGAAUCUGAAGCUACUUCAAACGAAGGAAGCAACAUUGUAAAUUUCAAAUAAAAAUCUUAAACAGAAAAGUACUAACUAGGUCUGCUAUUCACAUAUUGAAACUGGUUCUGCAAUGGAAGAAAUUGGAGUUUUACUUCCUAUCAUUCAAUGUUAUUAUUGUGAUGUUUCACCUUUGUUGUAAAUUGGCUUCAAAUUUGUGGUUUGGAAGAACAGAGAAAUCGUGACACGAUUUCUUCAACGUGUCACGAUUUUCCAGGCAGUGAGCAUGGUUUUCAGGGUGCUCAAUCGUGUCACGAUUUUGGGAAAACGUGACACAAUUUUCAAACUUGCUGAGUACGUUUUCCGGAUAAGGUUGGUCGUACCUUGGGUCGUACGCACCAAUCGUGUCACGAUUUGGACAGUUGCAGACUGCUAUGUAAGUGUUCUUGUGCAGAUUUUGAAGAGAGCUUGAAGAGAGAGAAACUUGGAU